CCUUUGUGCAAUUUUGUGUCAUGACCCACCAAAUUUAUCUUGAUAUAAAUUAGCAACAUCAGUGAUUUUCCAAGCUUAUUUCAGAAUCAAGAUCAAAUACCAGAAGAUAAAAAAAAGUGAUAUAUUAUUAAAUGGAAGUAGAAUAUAGAUGUUGUGGAACUGGAUUCUUCAUCCAUAUUGCUAUUAUUAUUUUUCUUGUACUAUUUGCUGGUUUAAUGUCUGGACUCACUUUAGGACUCAUGUCUUUAAGCCUUGUUGAUCUUGAAGUUCUUGCUAAAUCCGGAACGCCAAGUGAUCGAAAGCACGCGACAAAAAUAUUUCCGGUAGUGAAAAAUCAGCAUUUGCUGCUCUGCACCUUACUGAUCUGUAAUGCUGCUGCUAUGGAGGCCUUGCCAAUAUUUUUGGAUAGUAUGGUUACAGCUUGGGGUGCUGUUCUUAUUUCUGUCACCUUGAUACUUCUAUUCGGCGAGGUUAUACCCCAAGCUGUGUGUGCUCGGUAUGGUUUGGCCAUCGGAGCAGCAGUAGCUCCAAUAGUCCGAGUUUUGGUCUGCAUUUGCUUCCCUAUCGCAUAUCCGAUAAGCAAGCUACUAGAUUAUUUGCUAGGAGAAGGGCAUGAUGCUCUUUUUCGUAGAGCAGAGUUGAAAACCCUUGUAGAUUUGCAUGGAAAUGAGGCUGGAAAAGGUGGAGAACUGAGCCGUCAUGAGACGACGAUCAUAACAGGAGCACUUGAACUCACUGAUAAGAUGGCAAAAGAUGCAAUGACACCCAUAUCUGAAACUUUUUCUAUUGAUAUAAAUGCCAAACUUAACAAUGCUCUCACCAAGUUGAUGUUGGAAAAAGGACACAGCAGAGUUCCUGUUUAUCAUGAGAAUCCAAAAAAUAUCAUCGGACUUGUACUCGUGAAAAACUUGCUAACUAUCCGUCCAGAAGAUGAAGUUCCUGUCAUGAAUGCGACUAUACGAAAAAUCCCUAGGGUUUCAGAGACAAUGCCUCUUUAUACUAUACUAAAUGAGUUUCAGAAAGGUCACAGCCACAUGGCUGUUGUCAUAAGACAGAAGAGUGAAACAGAACAAUUGGCAGGGGAAGAUGUGAGGGUGGACAUUGAAGGUGAAAGGCACACAGAUGUGAAAAGUACAGAGACUAGUCGAUCACGUAAGAAGCUUAAGAGUUUUCCUAUUGAAGCAAAUCCACAAAGAGGAGAGUCUAAGAGCAAGAAACGGGUGAACGGAGCCCAUCCAGAGGUUCUUCGUAUCUAUGAGAACCCAUUAACAGAGCUCGUCGAAGAAGGAGAAGCUAUUGGAAUAAUCACACUAAAAGAUGUCAUAGAGGAGCUCUUACAAGGGAAAAUAUUUGAUGAGACAGACUAUCGUGACGGGCAUCAUUAAUUCCAGAAGAAAUAUAUAGUUUGAUCAAGAGCUGAAAGACUAAAAAGCUGUAACAAACAGAAGAGUCGGAUGCAUGAUUAAAAUUAGCAACGAGUAAUCUACCUGUUUUACGAUUGUUAUGCAAAAGAGCAUAUACUACAACAAUGCCUAACUAGAUUAGUUAAUUGGCAACAUUCAGUACGGUAUCUUGAAACA